AUGUAUUCGAUCGAUCCCCUCGACUGGGCAGAAGGACUGGAAUCGAUAGCCAUAUACAGCAAUGAUCCAACUCUGAUACAAGAAAUGAAAACAAGCAAGUAUGUGAAAACAAAUAUUCCCGGCCCUGGUUGUGACAUGGACGAUUUUGAAACCAAGAUCCUCGGCUGCCAGUGUGGGAGUGAAUUGUGCCUUGCAACGUGUUCGUGUGUAUCCAAAUAUGGCAAGGUUUAUCAAGAGAGGAAAAUAAUUUCAUCAGUCAUUUGUUGUAAAAACAUGGUACCAAUAUUUGAAUGUAAUAUUUUGUGUACAUGUCCACCGGACUGUCAAAACAGAUUAAUUCAGAAAGGAAUAUCAAUUAAAAUGGAAGUCUUUUAUUCAGAAACAAAAGGACUUGGUCUACGAACGCUUGAAACUAUCGACCAGGGGACCUUUGUUUGUGAGUACGCUGGUGAAAUUAUAUCGUUUGCAGAGGCCAAAGAACGAACAAAACGCCAAUCAGAGCAUGACAUGAAUUACGUCAUAACUGUCAAAGAACAUCAUCGCACGGGCGUAAUCAUGACGCACGUGGACCCGUCAACCCGGGGAAAUAUUGGACGUUAUGUAAACCAUUCUUGUUCUCCAAAUCUGUCAAUGGUUCCGGUGAGAGUAAACUCAAUGGUCCCAAAGCUUUGUUUGUUCGCGGUCAAGGACAUCCCACCGUUUACUGAACUUACCUUUGAUUACGGACAUGCAAGUACGAUUAACUCCGACGAUAUAGGUCUAACAACAUUUCUCAAGAAAUGUCACUGUGGUGCUCAUGUAUGUAAGGGUUAUCUGCCUUAUGAACCUCUUUUGUAUGAAUAAAAUUCCAAAUAUA